AUGGUCUCUGAGCUUGUCGCCGAAAUCUCCCGCUCGGAGCUGACGGCCUCCUCGGGCCUCGAUGCUACGAUCACAAGCGUUCAACAUGUGGCCUCGUACAACUGGCUCGACAAGAACGAACCUACCAUCUCGGUUCCAGGUUCUCCGCCCCUAUGGUCUCCCCCUUCGGUAGCCAUGAAGCUGACACCCGACUCCGGGCUGGUGUACAUCGACCAAAAUGCAGCCCGCAACCCUUCCUCUCCCCUCGAGCCCCUGUUUCGCGCCUUGUGCACCCAGGAUACCAACUUCGACAUCGGCGUCGUCGACCUCGUCACGGACCGGAACAACAUUCGCAAGCUUCUGCGCUUUGUCCGGGGCUCAUCCAAUGACGCCUUCGAGAUCCGGGUGGAGAUCGCCGGCGACAAGACAGCGCUGUUCACGCGGGUCGAACCAAAGACGAAAGAGAUUAUCCAGGGUUUCAAGGUAUAUGGCCACAGGUUUGAAGAUGCCUAUACGAAGAGAAGCUCUGGAAGUACCGGUCAUCACAGGGUUGUAGGCUAUCGCUUCGGCGGCAUGAUGUGCCUCGUGAGGCACGAAACCGACGGCUACGUCGACGAUAAAGCUGGACCUGCUGCUGCUGUGGAGCAGCCAGACACGACCGACUACUUGUCGGACGUUCUGGGAGCGCUCUCCAUUGCAACCAAAGAGAAGAACACCGGCGGUACCCCAUCGCUGACGGUGGUGAACACCGGCGAGGAGGUGGUAGAUCUGUCUUCGACCCUCGAGAUCAAAACUCGCGCAGCCAGCAAGACAUUGGACCUGUCCGAGGUCUCCCCUCAGCUCUGGAUCUCGCAGACUCCUACUCUGGUUGUCGGCUACCAUCGGAAUGGGGUCUUCAACGAUGUCCGGGUUCGAAACAUGAAGCAGGAGAUUCGCACCUGGGAAGCCACCAACCAGACGUCUCUUGUCAAACUAGCCUUUCUGAUCAAGAGAAUCAUUUCGGUGGUGGAGGGAUGCGGUAACCGCAAUGCGAUUGUGACGUACGACGGCGGAACGAAGUUGAGGAUUGUCCGUGGCGAGCAGAAGCGGGCUCUGCCUGAUGACCUCUAUUCUAUCUGGGAGAGCCAGGAUCAGAAAGAGGCUAAGCUGUCUCCAGCGCAGGACAAGAAUCGUGUGAACGAGCCCACGGGUGUUCAGCAUCACCCAAAGAAAAGCGCAGCCUUGAUCCGAGCCCAAACCAAUAUGCCCUUUUCCGACGUCAUCGACUACGCAAUGCAGAACGGGUUUCGACACAUCUUUCGUCGCAUGCCGGCCCGACUCGCUGACUACCACACUCUUUGCGAUACCCUCAAGCUUCGCGGUAUCGAUGUCCUCGCCGGACGCGGCAUUCCCGGAAUCAUGAACGAGCUGAGACAAGGCAAAUCCGACUGGGAUCCAGAUGAGAGAAGAGAAAUCAGCGGACUGAAAAGUCUGGCACGAGACUCGGCUUUUGGGCUUGUCUUCAUCUUCAUCCUGGGUGAGCCUCAGUCCGAGCUCCAGGAUAAGAACAAAGCCUACAAUGCGACGAUGUUUGUCGUCUCCCAUCCCCGCAUGUUUAGAGACAGGACCAGGAAGAUUGUCCGCGAGGCAUUUGAGGAGCGGUUUGGGGUUUCGUACAAGCAGCGGCAGGCUCUGGAUAAGUGGCCCAUCCGAGACGAGAAUGUGCUGGUGGAGGAGGAGGCUACGACUGAGGAGGAACGCUUCGAUUUUGAUUCUGACUGGUCCUACUCCAGCUAG